AUGUCCUCCCACCGCCCCCAUCCAUCCCUCCACCACCAGCUCUCAUUCACCCCAGCUACAGGUGAACGGCUCAAAUCUGUGGCCCCACCAAUCUACAGCAUUGUGAAUCUGGAGGGCGUGGCGUGGCAGGAAAAGGCCCGCUGGGAGGAGUGGCACGUGGAGCGGUUCACUCUCUUCAUCCUCCUCCCCCCCAUCACCAGGAGAAGGCCCCCUGGGAGGAGCGGCACGUGGAGCGCUUCACUCUCGACCUCACUCAAAUCUCCCGCCCAGGUCCCCUGCCCGGUGCUGCUGCUGGUGGCGCUGCUGGUGCUGGUGGCUCAUCUCCUUCCCCCUCCCUCCCCCCAUCACCUCCAGGUAUCAUUCAACCCGGCUACAGGCGAGCGCUUGAAAUCUGUAGCCCCACCCACCUACAGCAUUGUAAAUCUGGAGGGCGUGACGUGGCAGGAGAAGGCCCGCUGGGAGGAGCGGCACGUGGAGCGCUUCACUCUCGACCUCACUCAAAUCUCCCGCCCGGGACCUCUGCCUGGUGCUGCUGCUGGUGGUGCUGGUGCUGGUGGUGGCGGUGGCAGUGGUGGUGGCGGUGGUGGUGCUGGCAAUGGCAAUGCAGCAGGGGUGAAAGAGGCAGGUGACUACUCAGCUCCUGCUGCGUUUGAUGCCUUGAAUCAGCAGUUGGAGGAGGAGGGAGGAGGAGGGGGAGGGGCAGCAGCAGCUGUAUGGGGGAUCAUCCGGAGGUGA